UGUAACGAACGACAGUCAGGGACUCAGUUCGUUCGUUCAGUUUAGUGAGUCAUUGCCGCUCAUCAAUCAAUCAAUCAAUCAUUCAAAUUGUUGAAACUUAAGCAAAUAGAAAAAAGAAUAAUAAAAUAAAAAACAAACAAUAAAACAUAAAAAUACAAAUACAGAAAAACUAACGCGAGUGCAGUGAUGCAAAUAGCUUUAUUAAAAACAACAACCACAAGUGCCCUAAACAAAACGCCGUCAGCCGCCCCCAAGUAAAGCGAAAAAAAAAACCCACACGAGCUAAGCGUGAGGGACUUUGAACGGUUACGACUCUGAUGGUGGUGGAUUACCGUGGGGUGGGUGGCUAGUGUUAUCGUCUUUGCUCGCUCUCGCCCACAAAUUGCCAGCAGCGGCAACUUGCUCCAAAUUUGUAGAUCAUGCGCAAUAGGAACGACUCGCUGAAACGCUCACUGGUUCGCUCAUUGCCCAAACAGGAUAUUUUAUUAUACUGAAAUUCAAACCCACACACACAUAUAUGUACAUACAUAUAGAUGCGUGCUGAGCUGCGCUCUUUUAACGUACGAGCACCGCAGAAAAUUCGCAUAUUCAGGCCAAAAGCAUUGCGCUCGUAGUAAAACGCGGCUCAUAAGCAAAAGCUCCGCACUGCCAUUCGGACGCAUUCCGUUGCCUGCUCCCACUUACACCUUAUCACGCGCUCCCACAUAGAAAAAGAAACACACACACACACAUAAAACAUACACUCGCACACACGCGUAACCGUUCCUACAUGCAUUCACACAUACACGUGCAAAAAUCAAUUGAACGCAGUUAAAAGAAAAAAUCGGUUAACUAAAAGGGAUUUUUGGUCAAAACGCGUUGUUUUUGAGGCCCUGGCUGCCAAAUAAUGUUGAAAUUGACUGUGAAAUGUGCAAAAGCGAGAAAAGCGAAAAAAGCUCACAAGUUACGCAAAAAAUGCAGCAGCAUCGCAGCCGCAGUAGCAGCAGCAGCGAGCAAAAUGUGAAACGGAAACGAGCAAACGAACAAUGUUAAAAGUGCAGAGGAUCGAAGGAUGCAUCCGAGUGCCUCCACAGUGCCAUUGACCACCGAACCAGCAAUUUGUCAUUAACGCCAACGCAAGCAUCAGCAACUGAAUUGCUGCCACGGCAUCAUCAACUGCAACGGCAACUGCAUCUGCAUCUGCAUCUGCAACUGCAACAGCAACAGCAAUUGCAUUUGCAUUUGCAUUCGUAUCCGCAAUAUAGCCGCAAAAGCCUUGCCAACUGCACCUGCAUCUAACGCUGUUCUCCCGCCGGCAACCAUCCCACAGAAGCUGUCCUUGUUGUUGUUGUUGCUGCUGCUGCUGCUUGUGAUUUUGAGUUUUCAUAAUUAAACGGUGAAUUUCGUGCGGCUAGCGAAGCGACGAACAGACAUCCAGGCAACCAGGCAUCCAGGCAACCAGGCAACCAGGCAUCCAGGCAUCCAAACAUCCAGUCAGCAUCCAUCAGGCCAGGAAACGCAGUUUAGCACUACUAUACGAGCAACGAAUGAAUCGAACUUGCAUUUUAUAUAUAGACUAAGCUAAUGAAUUUUCGUAAAAUUAAGUCGAUAACGCGAUCACGCCCCUGGGCACUUUUCUCGAGACUUCAGCCAGGGCCACAAAUGCCCCAACUGUAGCAGCAGAAGACAGACUUUCCCAUAAGGAUCCCCACUCAUAAAUGCAGUGGAAGAAGAAGUUUACUCGAUUGAAAGCAGCUACUGGAAAUUCGCGUGUGCGAAGAAUGCUUUGUUGUGGACGUAGAAAGGAAAAUGGAAGAUCAGUUCCUGAUGUUACAGCCAGUCCGGGCCGCGCGCCCCCCGGCCCGCUGCCCGCCAACCAGCUGUCCGGCAUGGGCAACCAGCAGCAGCACCACCUCCAUGCCAACCAGCAGCAGCAGCAGCAACAGCAGCAGCAGCAGCAGCAGCACCAUGGCAACCAGCAACAGAAUCGCGGCCAGAGCGGAAACACAAACGGCUCAGGUGGCGUCAAGGAUCCGGUGCUGCUCCAAGGUGACUUUCGCAAGGUCAGCGGCAUCAGCUCGGAGAUCUUUCGGCAGAUAGAAGCUGUUGAGAACGAUCAUGACCCGAACACCGCGGCGGCACUGGAGGCAGUGGAGCGCCGUGGCGAGAUGAUCGUGCGCAUCCUGGAGCCACGCUCCAUGGGCAGCAAGCACGCUGUAGAUGCGGCGCACAAGCUGAUGAACAAGGCCGAUGGCCGGCACACCGUGCAGCUGGUCGAGAUUGUGAAGCGGCCCGGUCAAACACUGGGCCUCUACAUACGCGAGGGCAACGGCGCCGAUCGCACCGACGGCGUCUUCAUAUCCCGCAUCGCCCUCGAGUCGGCCGUCUAUAACAGCGGCUGCUUAAGGGUGGGCGACGAAAUCCUGGCCGUCAAUUUGGUGGAUGUCACUCAUAUGUCGCUGGAUGAUGUCGUCAUCAUUAUGUCAAUUCCUCGGCGCCUGGUGCUGGCCAUACGGCAGAGGCGGGGCAAUCGUGGCGCUGGGUCACCGGGGCCGCCAACACUGUCGAGGCCGGAGCAGAAGCCCCCACCGGUGGUGGUCAUCAAGCGUGAUAUCAGAGACGAAGACCUGGACGAAACCGAUCGAAUGCCGCGCCCGCGUUCAUCACGUGAAAGACGUACAGGCGACGGCCGAGAGAUGACCGAGUCGCGCUCCAGGCUGGGGCUGGGCCUCAACAACUACAGUCCGCAGUCGGAGCAGCUGGACAUGUACUACAAUACACGGGGAGGCGUCAAUGCCAUGGGCGAACCACCAAACUGGGGCUACAAGCCGCCGCCGCCACCAUCGUCGGUCAUCACGGAGCAGCCCACCAAGGGGCAUGCGUUUGCGCCUUCGCACGCCUACUAUCAGAACGCUGGCACGCUGGAGAGCCUGGCGGAAAAGGUUCAUGCAUUUUAUCCGGGCGCACCGGGGCAGCCGCUCGGCCCUUCGCGCCGCAUGUCCACGGGCACUGGCAACGUGGGCUUGGCCCAGCAGCACGCCCGGUUUCCGCGCUCUGGUUCCGAUCAGCAUUUGCCGCGAGUCGAGUACGCUGAUUACUCCAACUCACUGGGCCGCCACUCGCUGCUGCGCUCGAGCUUAAAGCCCGGAACGGGUGCGCCAAUGCCAGUGGGGGUUGGCGGCACGUUGGGUCGCUAUGGGCGCUACGAUCAGCAACGCGGCGGGGUUCCGAAGUACGGACCGCCAGCAGCGGGCGCACAGUCCCUCACCCGUCGCUCGCGACCCAAUCUGGACUACUCCAGCGACACCGAAGCCACCAUUGGGCCGCGGCCCAGCUACUACUACUAUAACCGGCCUGCCAUAGGCAGCAUGCCGCGUGGCUCAAGCGGCGUGGGAGGCAGCGGAGCCGCUGCAGCCGCAGCUGCCAUGCUGGCCGGUGGCCCAGAUCUCAACAAAUUCAACUCACUGCCAAGGGAGCGACCUGGCGCCAGGCUACAGGGCAUUCGGGCGCGCAUAGGCGAUCGCAUUCUGGACGAGAAUGAUGGCAACAUCUCGGCGCCCGAGUAUGAUGCGCGGCGUGGGCGUGACCUGCGCCAACGCAUUACGGCCAGCCCCGGCCCCUCCAUCUUUACGGCGGACGAAUACCGUGCGUGGCUGAGGCGCGCCCCCAGCAGCUCUGCGAUUGCAGAGCAAAUGCGCAUGACUCGGGACAUGUUCGCUCAGCCGCGCUCACAUCGCUUCUCCUGCAGUGCGGAGAACAUUCACGAUGCUCUGCGGAAUACCGAAAGCAUUUACUCCAGCAGAACGGGCAUACUUGGCACUGGCACCCUAGACCGUAAUCUGGGUCUAACCCGACCCAUAUCAGCACUGCCCGUGCGUUCCAUGUCCUCGCAGCACAUAGGUGGCGCUGGUUCAAUACGCUCACCCAGCAUCCGGCGCAUGCGCCAGCUCCUGGAACUAUCUGCUGGCCCAGCUAGUCCUAGUGGCAGCAUCAUGAGCACAGCCGGCCAUCAGAGUCCGGCGCCCACGCCCAGUGCCACAAUGCCACGAGCGCAUCGGCAGAUCGACAUCAAUCCGGCGGAGUUCGCCAAGUACAAGUUGGACAAGCCCAUUGUGGACAUUGGCGGCGUCUCGGGCAUGCUGUGGAUACAUCUGCUGGCGGGCCGCGGAUUGCGCUCGACUCCAGAGCAGGGCGCACAGCUUGGGGCAGGCGGAGCACCGCUCCCACAGACCAGAGAUCUCUACUGCGUGAUUGAGUGCGACCGCGUGCAUAAGGCGCGCACGGUGGUGCGCUCGGGAGACUUGCAAUUCGAUUGGGACGAGUCCUUCGAGCUCGACCUGGUGGGCAACAAGCAGCUGGACGUGCUCGUCUACUCCUGGGAUCCGCAGCACAGGCACAAGCUCUGCUAUCGCGGCGCCAUAUCGCUGUCGGCGGUGUUGCGGCAGUCGCCUCUGCAUCAGCUGGCGCUCAAGGUGGAGCCGCGUGGCACAGUCUACAUCCGCAUGCGGCACACCGAUCCCCUGGCGCUGUAUAAGCGUCGCGGUCUGCCCAGCCUGCGUGCCGGCUAUCCCACGCUAUUCGGCGCCGACCUGGAGACGGUGGUCAACAGGGAGUCGAAGAACGUGCCCGGCUGUGCACCGGUGCCAAUUGUUCUGCGACGUUGCGUGGAGGAGGUGGAGCGGCGAGGCCUCGAUAUAAUCGGGCUGUACCGCCUGUGCGGAUCGGCGACCAAGAAGCGUUUACUGCGCGAGGCCUUCGAGCGCAACAGCCGAGCUGUGGAAUUGAGCCCGGAACACGUUCCUGAUAUUAAUGUUAUUACCGGCGUCCUCAAGGACUACCUCAGAGAGCUGCCCGAGCCACUGUUCACGCGCUGUCUCUUCCAGAUGACGGUCGAUGCAUUGGCUGUCUGCCUGCCAGAUGAUCCUGAGGGAAAUGCGAAACUGAUGCUUAGCAUACUCGACUGUUUGCCACGGGCGAAUAGGGCCACCUUGGUGUUCCUGCUUGACCACUUGUCUCUGGUUGUGUCCAAUGCGGAGCGCAAUAAGAUGUCCGCUCAGGCGCUGGCCACUGUGAUGGGUCCCCCGCUGAUGCUGCAUUCGGCCAGUGCACAGCCUGGCGCUGACAUUGAUCACGCCCAGCCGAUUGCGGUGCUCAAGUAUCUGCUGCAGAUCUGGCCGCAGCCGCAAGCCCAGCAGGCGCAGCAUCAGCAGCUGGCUCAGCACAUGGGCGGCAUGGCCACAGCUAGCAGCAUGAGCAACAUGGCAGGUGUUGCUUCAGGUCGGCGCGGCGAGUCAACAGGGCAGCGUGGAAGCAAAGUCAGUGCGUUGCCAGUGGACAGACAGCAAAUACUACUGCAGCAGCAGCAGCAGCUCAUGGCGGCGGGCAACCUACUGCGCUCGUCCACUUCGGUAACCAACAUACUCUCCCAAGGCCAUCAUCAGCUCUCAGCCACAGCCAACAGUCAUCUGUAUCAAUCAGUAGUGGGUCAGUUAGCUCAAUCGCAUCGAGCCUUGCAACAAGCGGUGCAACAGCCCUAUCAAUUGGGGGGCUCAGCGGGCUCAGCAAUUCCCGACCAAUCGCCACUGCCACUUCCAGGCACACCCUCCCCAGGCAGUAGCUCAGCUUCGACGGGCUCCGGCUCGGGGUCGGGCUCGGGCUCGGGCAAGAGCACUGAUACCAUCAAACGUGGUGCUUCGCCCGCCUCUGUCAAGCAAGUGAAAGUCGCAGAUACGCUCAGCUCGUACUCUGUCGUGCAGAAGAAGCCCCCACUACAGAAGGAUGCACCCAUAGAAGAGAUUACGCCUCCAGAGGCUAGCGCUAGCGCCGGCGCCAGCGGAAGCGCCGCCAGCUCGACCAACCGCAAGGGCGUCGACUUCUACGAACCGCACAACUCGCAUUCCAAGAGCUUGGCCAGCGACGAGCCCUACACAUCCAAGUACAGCAGCAGCACUCUGGACUCCAAGAAGAACAGCUUCGGCAGCAGCUACACGCCCAGCAAAAGCUCCAACGCCAGCAACAACGACGACUACAAGGUCAUACGCAACAAGACGAGCGCCACAUCGAGCUCCAGCUCGUCUCAGGCAACGGUGCUGAGUGCUGGCUCGACGGCCACGUCGGCGCCAACCACCUCCUCGGAUGACUCCGACGACCUGGUCUCGUACAAAUCGUCGGCCUCGACCAAUGCGCUGCUGGCCCAGUCUCAGGCGAUGACCACCAGUCAGCUGAUGUCCAAGUACUUGAAGCGCGAACCGCGUGUCCAAUUCACACCGAUCAAGUCGCCGGACUCGCCUUCGCCGCCCGGCGGCGGGGACGGUCUGCCGAAGGGCACCUACCAGCUGGUCACGCCCAGCUCCAGCACCAGUUGCCUGGCGAAGCCUAGUGCCACCACUGGAGCGAUUAGCAAGUACACGACAUCAACAUCGUCGCCCAGUGCAGCGGACACCACCACGAAUCCAACGAGCAGCAGCAGCAAAUUGUCGUCGCCGUCGCGGCUGGCCAAGGAUGGCCGGUCGGGCGGCGCGGCGGUAAGUAGCUCCUCCUCUUCCCUGGUUUCGAGCGGCAGGCGGCUGUUUGACAGCCUCGCCUCGUCAUCGUCCUCGGAAACGGAGACAAAGACUUACAUUGGCGGCACCACAGUGGCCAGCGCAGUGAGCACCACCUCAACUUACACGAACGACUCCCGAAACGUAGCCACCAGCAAUAGCAGUAAAACAGCCUCCGGCUCAGAGCACAGAAGUUUUGGUAGCGCAUUAUUCGGCAGUAGCGCCAUAGGCAACGGCACCGGAAAUGGCAAUGGUCAUGGUGUCCACUCUAGCAACAGCCCCUUCGCCAGCACCAAUGGCAAUGCCAACAGCAGCAGCAAUCACAGUGCCAUGAAUCUCUAUGGAACUCUGCCCAAGAAUGGGGCUGCUAACGGCAGUAGCGCGGGCGCCACUCUCUUUGGCGCGAGCGCCAGUGCCAGCUCCUCGUAUCACUCGGGCAGCGGCACAGCCAGCAGCAGUGGGGUCAGCUCCAUGACUGGCUCCACCAAUAGCUAUGAUUUCUACACGGGCGGCGGCUCAGCUGGCAGCAGCAGCAGCAGCACACGCCCCUUCGCCAAUGGCGGCAACAACUAUCAUACGCUGGGCACUUACCGUGCCCAGUACGCGGCCACCAAUCCCUUCCUCGACGCCUUCGACGAGAAGCCCAGCAGCAAUGGGGCCAACAAUGGCCAUAGCAGCCACCACGUGGCCGACUCUAAGCUGGCAGCCAGCUCCGACAAGGGCCAUCAGCGUGCCUCAAUGGUGGCCGCCUUCCAGUCGUCGGGCGACUCGAAGAAUGGCAGCGACGAGUACGAUGAUCUCAAGUGAGUGGCGCGUGCUGUGCGCUGGGCAUUCGUGAGCGAUGGCGGGGGCGGGAGCGGGGGCGGUAGCAGCUAGAGGGGAGUUGAAAGCGAUUAUGAUAUCAACGAUGUCAAAUGCUGAAAUUGUUCUUUGGAGUAUUUACAGUUUACAGUUUACAAAUUUACAAACAAAUACAAAUUAUGAGAAAAUAUGAAUAUAUAAAUCGAUAAACAAUAACUCAAAGCUAUACUAAAAAAAAUAUAUAUAAUAAUAAAAAAAAAAUUAAUUAAAUACAACAAUUUAAAGAACAACUAAGGUUAAACGAAUUUUUAAGAUCACAUCAAUUUAUAUGGCAAUCCACAAAGACAGAGAACUGGUUUAAAUAAUACACAAAACGGAAACAAAAUGGCUGCCAAGCUUUAAGUGUUCGUCUGUGUGUGUGUUAUAUGUGUAUAUGCGUGUGUGUGUGUGUGUGUGUUUGCGUGUGCGUGUUGUAUGUGUGCAUCAUGCCAAAAAAGCUUUGCCUUAGCAGCAUUUAUAUACCCUUUGGCAGCCAUUUUGAAAUCGAGGGCAAGAAACCUUUACAAACAGUAUUUGAGCAGAAACUAAAUUCAUUGAAGAAUUGAAACGAAAGUAUACAUAAUAUAUAUGGUAUUAAGAAAUACGAAACCACAAAUCUUAACAGCUAAACUACAGGUUGAGCGCGCAUUUAAUUAUUUCCUCAGACAUACAUAUAUUGAAACAUACCGAUUUGCUGAAAACACAUACAUACAGAUAUGAAACACGUAUUUUUGCAGUAAAGCCAAGCGAAAAUACAUGAAAUAUUCGAGUCAUUCGAAUAGCCGAAUUUCUCCCAAAGUAACCUCCUUGCAACUUCUAUGCAGACUUUAGCUUCUUUUAAGGUGACCAAAUCUCUUAACUACUAUUAAAAAUGAGAAUAUUUCGUAAAAAUAUUGGAUAACUUUUCGAGCAAUAUAUUUGCCUAAGCCUCUUACACAUACAGCUAAAACACGCAUCUCUCUAUCUAUAUAUAAUAUAUAUAUACCUAUGAAUAAGUGUAUAUACGGAAUCUGUCAAGUAACAAGUUCACAUACAUGAUUAAAUGUACAUCCGUGUACGACUAGAUGGUAUUCUAAACAUAGAUGCUUAUAAGUCCAUUUCAGUUCACUCACACAAAUACUAACACACACAUACAUACACACACAUGCCACAUAUACAUGAAUACAUGAAUUUAUUGACAAAUCGAUGUGCUUAGUUUUUUGUAUGAAACAAAGUCUGAUAUACACACUAAUAUACAAGAAUACGGUAUUAAAUAUUCUUAAACAUUAAUAUACAAGCAUAUAUAUGUAUAUGCAUAUGCAUAUAUAUGUAGUAAUAUAUACAUACAUAUACAGUGACAAAACUAAAACACGCUUUGCGACUACGACGACAAGAGAAGGGUCUACAAAUUUUACAGCCAUUUUGUUUGAAUACUUUAGUAAAAGCUUUUUAUAAACAAAUAUAUACAUAAAUAUAUACAUAUAUAUAUACUUACAUAUAAGUAUAUGCAUAACUAACUGGAAACUAUAAUAAACUAAUUAUACAUAUUAUUAAUGCCUAUAUAUCUAAUAACAAUCUCCUAUUAAACUGUAAAUACCCACAAUGUACUUUAAAACUUAUGUGCUUUGGUGUCAGCCGAUUGGCGGAGCGAUCAGAAUACUAUACCGUUAGUCAGCUAGUCAGUGUUUGUCAGCGCUUGUCGUUAGUGUCUAGGACUAGGCUUAGUAGCGUACUUAAGUUAGGCUUUUGCUAUCCACAUGUAGAGUGCAACAAAGUGAAAUAUUUUUAUUUGAUUUCAGAUAAUAUAUAUAUAUAUAUAUACAUAUAUGUAUGUUAGAAAGCCAGGCAGCAUCGAAAGCAAUAAAUAUUUAACAUAUACCCACAAGUUGGACACACCGAAUAUAGAAAGAGAGGGAAUGAAGGAUAACACCAAAAUAACAGGAGCAUACCUAGAAUCAUAGUAAAUGUGUGUUAGUUAGCAUAUAUACAGAUUAUGUAUGUAUGUACCGGGUAGACAAACCUAAGUUUAGAGUUACCUAAUGAAACACUAGCAUAAUCAUUCGUCUUCAUCAAAGUACAACUUUCUAGCAGCAACAACAACAACAACAACAACAAGAGCAAGCGUUACUUACUUAUAUAUAUAGCAUAUAUAUAUAUAUAGACAAUUCCAACUCAGAUUUGAAUUCGCAUCAAUAACCAAAUCAUUGAAUUGAAAUAUUAUUAACGCGUAUAGCCAAAACAGUGCAUUAUUUGAUAUUAAACAAGUUUUUAUGGAUGGGACAUGCAUUCAGAUUUUAAAUAGCUAAUUAUUCGGUUAAUUGUUGUCACAUUUAUUUUAUACGAAGCUAGAUGAAUACAAAAAACAAAAACAUUUUAAGUGUUAUAUACAUAAUAAAAAUCUAUCAAACCAAAGAGUUGAAAAGGACAAGAAAACAAACCUUAACCUAGUUGCUAGUUGCUAGAUGCUAUAAUUAAUUUUUUAUAUACGAGUAUAGUAAAUUGUUGGUUAUUAUACACAUACAUAUAUACACAUAUAUAUAUAGAGCGUAGUGUUUUUAAAAAGGCAACAACUUAAGCUGAUAACCAUUUGUCAACAUUUGCUAAAUGUUCAUUUGUUGGGGUCCAAAAUAAUCCAUUUCUAUUGGGGGUCUUGCAUGCGAUUUGUUUUCCGUUCUCUUCUGUCUUUUUCUCUGCUAUUCAUAAAUUGUUAAACUUGAAGUUAAUCAUGCGUGAAAUUCAAUUAGUUUGAGCAAACUUUUAUUCGAAGUUUAGGGAUUCAUAAAAUCAUAAAAUUCAAAGGCAAAUAGAGAAACAUUUGAAUUGAUUUGCAAAUUGUUAUGGCUUCUUAGUUAUAGCUGAGCUUUAGAUAAGAUACCGGGAGUUGCCAGAGGGCCUAGUUAGUGUUUAGCAAAUUGUGGUCGUAGUGGUGGUGUUGGAGGUGGUGCAGGCGGUGCAGGUGACGGUGGUGGUGGUAGUGCUGGUGGUGGUGGUGGUGUUGGUGGUGUUGUUGAAAUGUUGGCUGUUAUGCGUGGACUUCAACUGCUUCUUGCGUGAGUGUUUAGUGUUUGGGAUCUGGUCUGUGGCUUGAACUUGCUUGACAAUUGAAUAUAUGUACUUUUAAAAGAAAAAUAUGUUAUGAAAUAUAUCACUGUGUCAUAUCGUACAUUUAUACAGCAGUAAAGCGGCAAGUAACAAGCGAUAAAAUGUUAAAACCAAAAUAUUUAAAUUAAGAAAAAACCCAAGAAAUGAAAAAAAAGUAAAAUAAAAAUGAAAUUUAAUUAUAACUAAAUGAAUAGCAGCAAAGCAGCAACUACAUAUAGUUAAAUAAACUGAAAUGAUUGGCAAGCAACCACAAGAACAAAUUGUAUAUGCAUUUAAUUUAGCCUAAACAAUUAAAACAAACCACAUAUAAGUAUAUAUAUAAUACUAACUAUAAUAAUAACAAUAACAAUAAGCGUUAGCUGAAUAAAUACAAAGCAAAUAUGUUAAAGGCAUUUAGUGAGCAAAUAUGAAUUGAUAAAAAAAAAAAAACUAUUACACACAGACGCCACUUGAAAUUAUUGUUAGUUACAAAACAACAACAAGAACAGCAAAAAACGAACUAAUUUAUUGAAAUGUAUUGCACAAUAUUGUACACUUAUAAAUAUUAGUAAUGAAACAAAAAGGAAGUAACUAAAACUUAAUAGAAACAAAUAGGAAGGCAGCUGCGCUAGCGAAAUAUAUAUAUGUAUUGUAGUUAAUAUACACAUAUAUAUAUAUAUAGUCAUAUCUAUAUAUAUUAGUUCCCAGCCAUGUUUUUUAUUGUAUUCUAAUAUGUGCCCCACAUUAUUGUUUUGAAGGAUCAGAAGUUUCACACUCACACAGCAUAGCUCAGUUAAAUUAGUUGAAUAGUUGAAAUAAACCUAAGUGAAAGAUUUGUGUGAAUUUAUAUGUAAUUUGUAUUGAAUGUGUGCCUAACGCUAUACAUCUUCCCUCCUUCUCUAUCUCUCUCCAAUUUUUUUUGUUUUUGUGUUUUUUUUUUGGAAACACCAGGGCAAACUCUUCAAAUAGUUGGGGAUGAAUUUUUAGCAAUUCGCAGCACUUGCAAUGUGCAGUCGAUUUCUUUUGUCGAACUUAACAAGCAAAUGGAGACCAAAUGCUCAGGGCUUAGCGAGUUAUAUUAACGUAAUAUACAAAACCAAAAGAAACAAACAAACAAAAAUAAAAAGGCAGAAACCGUAUUUAAGAACUAAUUGUAUGUAACACAUCAUGAGCAUGCUCCAUUAAAAUUUAACAAAAUACAAAACUACAAAUCAUUUCAGUUGCAAAUCUAAUGCUAAUGCGUCGACAAAUACCCACAAGAAAAAAAAAAAAAAAAAGAAAAUAAAUAAAUAAAAUAAAACAACAAAAACGAAAUGAACAAGAACAAUCCAGCUAACAAAUUUACAAAUCCAAGCAAUCAAUUUUGUUACAAAGACUGAAUGAGAAACCAACAACAACAAAGGCAACAAAAACAAAGGUUAUGUUACCCACCCUCGAGGGGGGGACAACUUUCAUAUCAAAUGGCAAACGUUUUUCAAAAAAUCCCCAAAUAAAAAGCUUUAAGUUUCAAUCCUUAAAAAUGUAAAUUCUUAUCCUACUUUUGAGUCCUUUACUAGCAAAAAAAAACAAGUCCAUAAUCCAAAAACAAAAAUAAUCCAUUCAAAAGUCCCUUAACGAAUAGUCAAAUAUAGCGAAAUUAAUUCAAAUAUUACCACCAGAAUUUUUGCUACAUAACGAACUAAAUAUAUAUAUAACUAAAAUGCAAUAAUAAGAACAAAUAGUUUACAAAAUAUAGUUAAAAAGGAAGUCGUAUGAAACCAGAUGAGACAUUGCGAACUUUAGCGGACACUUUUCAAGUAGAAUUAUACUAACAAUAUACAAUGAAUAACAAAAUUAAUUAAAUGAAAAAUGAAUAACAAAAUCUGUUUACUCUGAGGCAUUGUAUUUGGAAAUGAUUUUGAAACCCACCACAAGAAAGUGAAAACUGUAAUACUAACGAGAAAGGCAAAUUCAAAAAAUUCAAUUUUUCUCUCAUUAUUAUGUUUAUCUAUGUCUACGUGUCAUCUCAAUUCCAAAUUCAAAUAUUAAUAAAACAAGAAUCGAAAAUCCAAAUCUAAUUCGCAACAGCAAUAUUUCAAUAAAAAAAUCAACAUAUAUUUAUAAAUCAACAUAUGUAUAUACAUACUAACACAUAUGUACAUAAGCGCAGUCACAAAGCUUAACAACUAUAAUCCAAGUACGAAUCCAAGCGAAUCCAAGUCCAAGCGCCAAAAUUAUGGAAAUUAUCGCGCGAGACAGCUAAAGCAAGGAACAGAUAAUACUCUAAUUUACCACUGCCACAAAGUUAAAGGAAAAACAAAUGAAUUAUAUAUAUAGAUAAAGAUAAUGAAACAUACAUCAUCUACAACAUAGAUAUGAUGAAGGGUAAAUUCCUUACAAUUACAUACAUACAUUCAUUCAUUCAUACAUACACACAUGAUGAUGAUGAUGUGCGCAUUGAGCGCAGAUGCAUUCACAAAGGCAGCAUGAAUAAUUAUAUGAAUACAACAUAUAAAUACAUAAGUCAACUUAAACUUAUUAUUUAUAUCCAGAAUAAUAACAAUGAUAACAAUAAAACUUAUCUUAUACAAGCAUUAACUAAAUCCAAAAUAGUUCUUUGCGUGAGAAUAAAGCGAUGUUACAUUAUUUAAUGAAAAUAUAUACAUAUAAAUAAAAUAUAAACAAUUAUA